CGCUGAAACAUGACUCGUGCGAUUUCCGUUGCCAUUUUCCUUGUCUUCCUGUCCUUGGCUACCGCCGUCGACUUCACAACGGUCUACGAGUGGCCGGAAGUAAUGGCUUACUAUUGGCCGCCAUCCGAGGCGGUCAGGAAAGAGGCCCUGGUACACAGAUCUUUCAAACCAGACGAAAUCCAGCCUAAUUACAUGGCUGUGUACGGCCAUAGGAUUUUCCUCAGCUUGUACAAUUCUAAAGACACUCACCUUCCGGCGAGUCUGGUGUAUUUGCCGACAAGCAGCGCCAAUCUUGGCACCAGCCCGAAGCUCUCUGCAUACCCAUCCUGGAUCCAUCACAGAAUGGGCGAUUGCCGCAGUACAAUUCACGCUGCAAGAGGACUGGAAGUGGACUCUGUUGGGCGGCUGUGGGUGCACGACAGCGGCACCUUCGAUUGUCCCCCCAAACUGUUGAUUUUCAACCUAGCUAACGACCAUCGCGAACUCGAACACACUUAUCCUUUUGACUUUCAAAUUCGCGACAUGGUGGUGGACGAGACGCCGCACGGAUUCUUCGCCUACAUGACGCCUUACUACCACGACAGUCACAUGUUCGUCUUCAGCCUGAAAUCGAAGCAAUCGUGGAAGGUUGACACUCCCAGGGUGGAGGGUUUUUCCAUUGCCCUCUCCCCUAAGGGAGAACCGAGACAGCUCUUCCUCGGCAAUUACAGCUCCGGCGAAGUUGUUUCGUAUUCCGUGGAUGAACUUCGGAACGGAAUUCGAACUGCAAGUCCCACACGGAUUGCUGGAACAUUGAGUUCGUUUCCUAAUAGAAUGGCGGUGGACAAAGCUGGGACCUUGUAUGCAUCCAUUUGGGGCAAAAACUACAUUACUUCUUGGAACAUGUCGCAGCCAUUGCAGGAGCAUCGUUAUUAUCAGGUAAUUAAAUCAUCAUACAGCAAGAAUUGA